GUUUCUGCAUGCACUGCCAGUGCACUAGUCUGCUGCAAGGGAUCGAGCAUCUCUCUCCUCCCCAUACACCGCGCCUGCCUUCAGCCUCAGCAUCUACAGCCUCCGCAGCCCACAGGAAAUGAGCUUCAUACAAAGAAGACUUUGCUGAAGAUUUGAGUCUUAUUAGACACACUACAAUCAAUUAUCUUUGGAUAUCACUACUAUAUAAAAAAAAAAUCAAAAGGAACAGGGAAAAGAAAUGUAGAGCUAUAUGAUGCAGAUCACACAGGUUUUGCAUAAUUGUGAAGAAACGACAACUGACAGAAUGCCAACGAGCUUCAAUCAAUGUACAUUGUGCAGGUCAGUGAUCACUUUAGGUUAUGGAUGGUGAUUUGCGACGACAGAUCGGGAGUCUUUGACAAGAAGGGAGGAAAAGAGGGAGAGUGAGAGUUUGGAGUGGAUUAUUCCCUCCUUCGUGCGUGUUUUCCCCCACUCGUCUCUCCCACAGAUCAGCGCAACAGUCAAUGCAGAGGAGCCGCGGCGAGAGGACAGCGCUCAUGCAUGCAGCCCGGGAAACUUGCACUUCCUACCAGUCUGCUGAAUGCCACUUAGAUUCGCUCUCUUUUUGGCUCUUUCACACGAGGAGAACUAAGACAUUGUAAGUCUGCCAGGAUCUGGUGUCCGAUGAAAAGGAGGGGGGGCUGAAUUUGUACCACACUGGAGUCUUUUUAGUUUCACACAUAAUUAGCGUCGACACAAAGGGAUCAACUGAAUAGAGGUUGUCAGCCUCUGGAAAGGGGAUAUUCAUGCUAAUGGAUUUCCUCCUAAUUGGUCUGUACCUAAAGUGGCCACUAAGAAAGCCCCCAGGGCUAAUACUCUGCUCCCUGGGCAUUGUUCUGAAAAUAGUUCCAUUGGUGGGAGGGAGCUGUCCAAGGCCGUGCCGAUGUGACAACAAGCUAUUGUACUGCGAAGGGCUCAACCUGACUGACAUCCCCCAAAACCUGAGCAGUGCCAUUGGUUUGUCCCUGCGCGAGAAUAACAUAUCUGAGCUGCGGGAAGCGGACUUUGUUGGCCUCUCACAGCUUACCUGGCUCUACUUGGAUCAUAACAAUAUUGAGAUUGUGGAGGAGAACGCCUUCGAGAGGCUGAGAAGGGUAAAAGAGUUGGAUCUGAAUACCAACCGGAUAGAGAGCCUGCCAAACGGGACCUUCAGACCUCUGCCCAACCUGCGAAUAUUGGAUUUAUCCUAUAACAGACUUCAAUCCUUGGAGCCAGACCUUUUCCAUGGUCUUAGGAAGCUUACCAAUUUACAUUUGCGCUACAAUGCCCUUAAAUUCAUCCCAGUGCGGAUUUUCCAGGAUUGCAGGAGCAUGCAAUUCCUGGAUCUGGGUUAUAACCAGCUGCAGAGCCUGGCACGUAAUUCAUUUGCCGGACUCUUCAAGCUCACUGAGCUGCAUCUGGAGCACAAUGAGUUGGUGAAAGUUAAUCUGGCCCAUUUCCCACGUCUCAUAUCCCUACGGACCCUCUACAUGCGCAACAACAAGGCCACCAUUGUGGUCAGCACCCUUGACUGGACCUGGGACCAUUUGGAGAAGAUUGACUUCUCCAACAAUGAGAUUGAGUACAUUGAACCACAUGUGUUCGAGAGUGUACCCAACCUUAAUACUCUUAUGCUGGACUCCAAUAAACUGACUUACAUAGAUCAGAGAAUUUUGGACUCGUGGACAUCCCUGAGCAGUAUCACUCUGACAGGUAAUGACUGGGAAUGCAGCAGGAAUGUCUGUGCCCUGGCUUCCUGGCUUAGCAACUUCCAGGGACAACGUGACAGUGGCCUGUUGUGUGCCAGCCCGGACAUUGCACAGGGUGAGGACAUACUGGAUGCCGUCUAUGCUUUCCAGUUAUGCGAGGACAAUGUAGAAGCAACAACACAGACAUUCACCGCUACCCGAUACCGCGCCAGGGGCUUCAUAUAUGAUGGGCCAACAAGAAAUCCGUAUGACCUGCAGGACGUGGAGGGCGGGGAAGUGGUCACCAACUCCUUAACGGUGACUGCAUCUGCUGAUGACCUGGAGAGCACCAUGCAGAUUCAUAAGGUGGUGACAGGCACCAUGGCCCUCAUUUUCUCCUUCCUGAUCAUGGUUCUCAUGCUCUAUGUGUCCUGGAAAUGUUUCCCAGCAGGCAUCAGGCAGUUAAGGCAGUGCUUCACCAGCCAGCGCCGCAAGCAGAAGCAGAAGCAGACCAUGCAGCAGAUGGCUACAACGUCUGCAUCUGAGUACUACGUUGACUACAAACCCAACCAUAUUGAGGGGGGUCUUGUCAUCAUCAACGAGUAUGGCCCUUGCACAUGCCAGCAGCAGACAUCUCGAGAGUGUGAGGUGUGAUAUCCCACCCAUGUCAUUUUUAAAAAUCAGUGGUUUCAAAGUUUGAAUGGAUAUGGAACACAAGUUAACUUGGCACCCCAUUUUGCUGUUCUUUUAGGAGGAAACUAACAUUUCUCAAGUCUAAAUGGACUAAAAACAGGGAUUUAGUGCUGAUUUCAACGGCCUCAAAGCCUUGUGGGAGAUUUGACACUAACACCUAUGUACUUGAUGCAAAAGAUGUGGAAUAAUUAUGUUGACCUGUCCUGGCUUCUCGUAUGAAGAGUGGAUAUUUGAGCUUUAAUGUGUCUUUCUACUUCAGGAUAUUAUAGGACUUUCAAAAGGUAUCAAGGACACCCAGAACAACAUUUUUACUGUGGUAACAAACAUACAAAACUGUAGAGGAAAACAACAAAACAAAUAAACCCUUAAAAAAGAUUAUAUGUAAAAUAUGUUAACAGCAGAAAUGCAGGAGUGGGGAUAAAUGCAAGAUGUUAUCUUAUUUCUUUUGUAAUCUAUGGAAAAAAAAGAGAAAUACAAAUGUUUAAAUAAAUGAAUUGCAAUUUACAGUACUCAUUUUUGCAGGCGAGUUGGAGGGCUGCUUUUUUUUCUUUCUUUUUUUUAUGUCUGUGAUCGAAAGACGUUCAGAGAGCUCUGCACUAUUGCAGGAUGUAAAUAAGCAGGCCUGUUUCAGAGUGCUUUACUUUAUUUGAAAUGUUAAGCCUCAGUCAAAGGUUCAGAUCUCCUCGUCUCUACCCGAGAUAUAAUCACUGUGCAAAGCUUGAUUGUUAUAGCUGUUGCAGUUGUCCCCCUUGUACCUAUCCUGAAUAGAUUAAGCAAAUUAGCAAAAACAAAGAAGGCUAAUGCGGUAUGAUUGGAUCUCACGUGAUAAAGUCAAACAACUGUAUGCUGUACAAAUAAACAAGGCAAGGAGUGUCUAA